AUGCCUCCUGUUGUUCCACCGCAAUUAAUGGCAAUGCCUACCACUUUCAAUCCUUUUUCAGGAGUCGCCUCUACUGUCAGCUCACGGACUCACUCAACGAGUAGUGAUUCGGAUUGGUCUCGUCACAGUUCUAUCAUGUCCCAACAAUCUCAGAUUUAUGGGAGUUCCCCUGAAGGUCCAGUCAUUUUCCAGCAAAGCGCCAAAAGGGCUUUCCCCCCACAUCGAGAGUGUGGUCCCAUAGAUACACAUAUUGCAUCCACAAAGCCCCCCAAAGCGUCGUCGGAAUUUGACUUUCACACUCCUUACAAUGGCAUCCCUGUGUCCACGGACAGUUAUGGUCGUUUUUCACAUGGCUCCGGGUUCGUGUCAUUCUCGCCCGUUGGACCACAAGCGCCUCCGGCUGCCCUCUAUCCAGAGUGGGAUCACCCCGCUCGCUUACCUACGGAAUCCCUGAGGCGUGACUAUGAUAUGGUCAAGCCCUUGGAGAACCCAGAAUAUCUCGUGGAGCGAAGCAGUCGUCGAGCAGCGGAUAAGUCCAAGAACACUGCUCGAUAUCAUUCCCAGAGACGACCUUCUAAUCGGGAUGAGUUUGAUGGACCUCAUCAAUUACUUGAUAUUCCUUCCCAGAGGGUUAUAGCUGCCCAGGCAAGGGAGUUGCCGCAUCUUCCUACUAACCUUGAUGUCUCAGAGCAAGACCGCAUUUUGACGGCAGUGAACGAUCGAUUGUCGCAGUGCGCAUUCGAUUUCGUUGCAAAGUAUCAGUUCCCAAUUCCGCUGGAAGCGGACAAGAGACAGGUGAGGGUACCCUCGGACCGUGAAUGGACCGAGUGGGUUUAUCUUCUGAAAAGACUGGCCACCAAGCGUCGCAUACCCGCCAGGGUCUUGUAUAAUGGCCAGAUCAAACAAUUAGUUACGGUGCUGGAGAACUCUUUGGAAAUGAGACAUGCUGCCAAGCAUCAAUCCAGACCAAUCAAGGAUGAUCGAAAUGUGCUUCAGCUCAUUUCGGCUGGAACACAAGUCGCUAAAAUCCUCAAGGAUGCCACCGCAAUGGAAUACCUGGACCGUCUUUAUGUCGAGACGGAAAAGCGUAUCCAGGAACGACGGAGCCGUCGUGUGAAAUUCGCCAGUCCCUGA